AUGGAUAACAGUGUUGGUACUGUACGUGCCAAUGGCAAACAUAGCAAGACUGACGGUCGGAUGGUUUACUUGUCAACAAAAUCGCCAUCUGUGCCAAACUUGAAUGAAGCGUAUCAUGGGCGGUUUGGAAGACGUAUAUCUCCUGAAAGACCACAAAGUCAGCUAUCUCCACUAUCAAUUGCGGAGGAUCCAACAAAUGCAAGCCUGAUUGAUCUUUAUGGGGACGACGACGACGACGAUGACGAAAAUGAAAACGAAAAUGAAAGCCAAAGUGCCGAAGUUGUUCAAAAUAGUCACAAAAGCCCUGAAAUAGAAUCUACUCCAGCGUUUUCACGCUCUGUGAGCACCGGAAUUCAGGGCUCCAGUGAAUAUUUGAGCAGAGAUCAUGCCACCAAGGAUCUAUCGCAAUAUGACCGUUACGGCUUCAAGAAACAAAAUGCGCACAUAACACAGGAACAAUACCAUGAGUGGUGGGAGGAAUACUCCCGCUAUUGCAUCCGUAGAAAACGCAAAUGGCAAGACCUUCUGGCUAAAAGUGGCCUGGCCAUAUCAAACAACGACGUUCCUGAUAGGUUCCCGCCAAGAAGCGAGAAACUGAAGCGAUAUGUACGUAAAGGCAUUCCGGCAGAAUGGAGGGGACAGGCGUGGUGGCAAUUCGCACGCGGCCAGGAAAAAUUAAACAAGAACAAAGGUGUUUAUGACAAGCUUCUAGCUGGCAUCAAUGCUCGAAGUGAUAAAGUCUCAGGUAGAGACCUCGAAGUAAUCGAACGAGACUUGCAUAGGACGUUUCCCGAAAACAUACAUUUCCAAAAACAACCGAAUAACAAUGAAGAACCGUUGAUGAUCCAAUCGCUGCGUCGGGUGCUGCUGGCAUUUUCUGAUUACAAUCCGAAAAUUGGUUAUUGUCAAUCCAUGAAUUUUCUGGCUGGGCUACUUUUAUUGUUCUUAGACGAAGAGCGAACAUUCUGGAUGCUUGUUAUUAUCACAUCACGGUAUCUGCCUGGCGUACACAAUAUCAAUUUGGAAGGUGUUAACAUUGAUCAAGGUGUUUUGAUGCUCUGUGUCAAAGAGUACUUGCCUGAUUUUUGGCAGCGUAUUGUUACCAAAGACCAAAGUCGAAAUAAUGAAUUUCUUUACAGACUGCCACCGGUCACUUUAUGCACGGCAGGCUGGUUCAUGAGCUGUUUUGUGGGCGUUGUACCGAUUGAAACCACAUUGAGAAUUUGGGACUGCUUAUUUUACGAAGAGUCACACGUACUCUUCAAAACAUCUCUAUUUAUCCUAAAGAUCUGCGAUCAAGAGGUUACUGCUGCUCGUCGAAUGGCGCGUAAUAAGAACCUGAGCAAAGAUGAUAGCGACAUCGAAAUGUUUCAAGCUAUACAAACGGUCCCGAAAAAACUUGUCGAUCCCCAGAUAAUCUUCGAGCGCGUUAUCUUCAAGAGGCGCAAUUCAUUAAAUGAUCUCAGUCAAGACGAAAUUGAUAGAUGUCGUAGGUAUGUUUCGGCACAACGCCUGAAGUUCAAAAACUACGCUGAUAUCAUGGGCGAUAGAUCGACCGCAAACGAAAAUACAAAAAGGGACAUUAGCAUGGGAUCAGACUUUGUUGAAAAUGCUUUGUCCUCUGAAGUGUACGGUUUCAGGCGGAGCCUUACUGCUGCACACUGGAAUAAUAGCAUAAAAGAAAGGGUUCGGCAGAUUAGAAGAAAGUGA